UUGAGUUUCACCGCGCUCUCGUUUGUUGUUAUGUCGGUAUGCUGCCUUAAUACAAACGGUUAUAAACGUUUAUUUUAAGAGAAAAAUACAGUUUUUGAAUCAGGUCGGUAAAUACCUGUAAUAUUCUCAACCUCACAGUCGUGACUUCGUUUUUAAUCAAGCAGGAAUAUCUGGAGGAGUAUCAUCUGAACUGAGAUCUGCUGUUGUGAAGAUGAUGUUUGUUAAAGAUGAGAGUGAAGAGAACAUGAGUGAACCAGAAACCAGGAGAAUAAAACACGAGGAUCCAGAAACCUGCAAAAUAAAACUCGAGGAACCAGAAACCUGGAGAAUAAAACACGAGGAGGCAGAAACCUGGAUAAUAAAACACGAGGAACCAGAAACUUGGAGAAUAAAACACGAGGAACCAGGAACCUGCAGAAUAAAACAUGAGGAACCAGAAACCUGCAUAAUAAAACACGAGGAACCAGGAACCUGCAGAAUAAAACAUGAGGAGCCAGAAACCUGCAUAAUAAAACACGAGGAACCAGAAACCUGCAGAAUAAAACACGAGGAGGCGGAUACCUGCACAAUAAAACUUGAGCAUCCAGAAACCUGGAUAAUAAAACACAAGGAACCAGAAACCUGCAGAAUAAAACAUGAGGAACAAGGAGGCCUGAUGAAAAUGAAAGAAGAAAGACAAGAUCUGAAAGAUGUGGAGGAGAAAUUUCAGGAUCAUAGAGAUCUUGAUGUCAAUGAAGAAAAAUCUGUGAGUUGCAGCCUUAAAAAAACAGAAGUCAAAAAGCCUUUCAGCUGCUCUCAGUGUGGAAACACUUUCAGAUGUAACACAAAUCUUAGGGAUCACAUGUUAAUUCAUGCUGGAAUAAAGCCUUUCAGCUGCUCUCAGUGUGGAAAGAGUUUUACAAAGAAAGCAGGCUUAAAGGAUCACAUGUUAAUUCAUACUGGGAUAAAGCAUUUCAGCUGCUCUCACUGUGGAAAGAGUUUUACAAAGAAAUCAAACCUUAAUAGUCACAUGUUAAUUCAUACUGGGAUAAAGUCUUUCAGCUGCUCUCAGUGUGGAAAGAGUUUUACACAGAAAGGAGACCUUAAGAAGCAUUUGGUAAAACACUCUUCAGAAAAACCUUUCAGCUGCUCUCAGUGUGGAAACAUUUUCACGUAUAAAGCAAACCUUAAGAAGCACAUGUUAGUUCAUGCUGGGAUAAAGUCUUUCAGCUGCUCUGAGUGUGGAAAGAGUUUUAUGCUGAAAUCAAGCCUUAAUAGGCACAUGUUAAUUCAUGCUGAGAUAAAGCCUUUCAGCUGCUCUCAGUGUGGAAAGAGUUUUACAUUGAAAGAACAACUUAAAAGUCAUUUGGUAAGUCACACUUCAGUAAAACCUUUCAGCUGCUCUCAGUGUGGAAACACUUUCACGUGUAAAGCAAGCCUUAAGGAUCACAUGUUAAUUCAUGCUGGGAUAAAGCCUUUCAUCUGCUCUCAGUGUGGAAAGAGUUUUACACUGAAAGGACAACUUACGAGUCAUUUGGUAACUCACACUUCAGAAAAACCUUUCAGGUGCUCUCAGUGUGGAAAGAGUUUUAGAUGGAAAUCAAGCCUUAAUGGACACAUGUUAAUUCAUGCUGGGAAAAAGCGUUUCUCCUGCUCUCAGUGUGGAGAGAGUUUUACACUGAAAGGACAACUUACGAGUCAUCUGGUAACUCACACUUCAUAAAAGCCUUUCACCCGCUCUCAGUGUGCAAAGUCGUUGGAAAGUAAAGGACACUUUGAGAAUCACAUGUUAAAGGGGUCAUCGAAUGCCCAUUUUCCAAAGGUUUAUAUGAUUCUUUAGGGUCUUAAAGGGGUCAUAUAAUGCAAUUUAAAAUGUUCCUUUCUCUGUGGAGAACUACAAGCUCUUGGUGCAUAAAGAAGGUCUGUUACGUUGCAAAGAAUUAGGUCGCAAAUUCAAAGAAAUAUUCUUUAUAAAAGUUAAGCGGUCAACCACACCCCCCUAAAAUGGCUUGUUCAACCACGCCCCCACAUCUCUUCGUCCCUAUGUGGGAAGAAUUGCAUAACACCACCCAAAUGUUCACACAAAGAAAGAAGGCGUAACGUUUAUUCUCUCUGUUGCCACAGCGGCCAUGUUGUGGAGUCGCUGUGUUUCAUUAAACUGAGACUUAGUUUGGCCUUCAAAAAGAGGACAUGACUAGAAAUCAGUGGUGAAGUUGUAUUUCAACACUGUUCCAGAACAGUCCAACCCAAAUAUUCUGAUGUGUGCUGCUCAUUUUAUGGAGGAUGAGGACUGUUUCCUGAACCAGUAGCCUGCCAUGCGUCUGUGGCACAACAGCGGUUUCUGUAAAGUUGGGCAGUUCCAACUUAGCAAGGCCAGUCUGGCUCUUCUGACUCACAGCCCGUAGGUACAUUUUUUAUAUUUUAAAUAAUUUUCCACUGAUGAUUCAAAUGCGAGUUUUGAGCAGUAAAAUAUUCUUGUUGUUUGUUAUUUUUCAGAUCAGAAAUGCAGACAUGGUUUAAUGUUUACGCAGCGCAAUACGCAAUCCGUAAAAAGACAUAAGUCAUUAUAAUUAGGAAUUAUGUCCCACUGGAUGAAACAAAUGACUCGUUUGUAAUAGGUUUUAUCUGUUUUGUCUCGUCUAGUGAUGUCCAGAUUGCAAACAAAUCUUCUAUUUAUUUUCUAUUUGACCCGAUUCU